CACUGCGCUAUUACUUUCUCCAAAUCUUUCCUGAAGCUCAGUGCGACUCUAGCAAGUGAACCAACAGCAGUGUUGCAUCUUAGGUUAUUAUCGGGUGGUGUCAUCCUAUCUGAAAUUGUUUUAGGUAUAUACAAAAGUUAUAUAGGCCUAGUUAAAACAAUAUAAGAAUACAUUUUGCUUCAAUCAAGAUGUGAAACUUGAAGACAUUGUUGGAUACGCCGCUGAAAUAAAACGCAUGAAAUCAGGACUUUGAAGAGUUUGACAACUCUUUCUGAACGAGGCACUGGCUUCUUAGCCCAGGUAUGACGAGGAAGAGGGGACACAAGAACAGGCCAGAUGCCCAAAAGCAGGCCCACCAGAAGAAGGGCAACAAGCCUAAGAAGAAGAAGAAAGAAGCGGCGGCUCAGCCAUCAGAGGCUAGCACUGCUUCAAUCAGUACUCAAGAACAAGAGGAGGACUGCAUUACUGAAAUGACACAAGAAGAGAACGAGGAGGACACGGGUCAGACUGCUCCAGAGACGGCCCAGAAGUCCAGCGACGGCCAGGCCGCUAGUAAAGGUCCUGAGGAGGAGACCGGGAAACCCGACGACGCCCCAAAUGUGAGGAGACAUCGAGGGAUAGACGUACAAACCCAGACCGACUCAGUCCUUCAGAUGUCACAGGGAACCCAGACAGGAGAACUCACUGAGACCGUAGUGCAGACACGGGAGCGGACGGAAUCUGGAACAGCAGCAGCCAGUGAGGGGAAGAAGGAGCCUUCGCCACCUGAGAAGGAGCAACGACGACGGGGCUCUCUGAAGAGAGACGGACUAGUCAAGGCGAAAGAUAGUGACAAGGUGUCUGAGAAGGAGGAGAAACAGGAGACAUCAGAGAAGGACACUGACACAGCAACAGAGAAGGCCAAUCUGCGAGAAGCAUCAGAGAACCAAGACAGAGAUGUGGAGAAGAUGGACACUGAGGAGGACGUGCACCUGGGGUCAUCCACUGACCCGCCUGCAGGGAAAAAGUCAUACGCUCAAGCUGCAGCUGAGAGCAGUAAAGGGAAAGAAAUAGAAAAUAAACCAACGAGGAAGCCAUCCCCGGUCAGGACACCCCCUGGAAUUCCAGUGUUCACUUUCCAUAUGUAUGCAGUGUUGGACAAACAAUUUGGGUUCAACAGAGAUCAUAACACCCUGCUCUUACUCACUGAGCAAGAAACAUUUUCACUUAUUGUAGUCAACUGCAUAGAUCUUGAAAAAGGUGGAACAUUAGUAGAAGCAACUUGGCUUGUAGAUGCAAGAUUACUCAUAAAAGGCGCUGUAUUCACAUACAAGUAUGGGAUUCAGAAACACAGAAAACAAAUAGAGGAAAUGGCCUUGAGGAGCAUUGCAAUUCCAUUUGAUGGCAAUGAAUUGCACCUUUAUGAGGGCCACAUUAAUCCUUGCUGGACAAUUCGAGACUGGUUUACAAGUUGGGUGAAGUCUGCAGAAAAGACCAUUUCCAAAACCUGGGAUGCUUCUGCGAGAGAGUUAUUGAACCUCAUCUUUCAGAAAUGGGACCCGUCCAGUGAAGAAACCAUUCGCAAAUUUGCACACCGCUUGCGCAGUUAUCAAAUGGAUUUUAAAUCUGCACGACAAAGGAUCUCUUAUCCUGGUGGUUUCUACCCUCCUGAGGUCAAGGCAACAGAGAUGAUUGGCUCACGUUUGGUCCAGCUCCUGUUUGGAGAGGCUGAAGGAAAAUCUGAAAACAAGCCGUUGCAACACGGCCUCUUGUUGCAAGCCUUUGCUGUGUUCCAGGUCUGCAAUGCUUGUAGCGUUGACCUUGGCAUAAAGAACUGGGGAAGGCUCUGUGAACUGGUGUCUUCUCAGGCAUUAGAAAGCAAACAUGUGGAUGACAUGAAGGCUGCCUUUUCAACUUCAGCCAAUUUGGUCUGUGGUCUGAUGAUUUACUGUUCCAAAAUGAUGGUGUCAGAGGUGAUGCUGCUGGUCCCACUGCUGCAGACUCUCAGGCAGCCAGGAGCAGACUCACGUAGGCUUGGGACCUCCGUGGAGGAGCAGAACUGGGCUGGGUUGGAAUACAUACAGUACAGUUCCUUCCGAGAGCGUCUCAGCAACCUUCCUGCUCAGAGAGGGAUCACGAUGAAGCUUGUUGACGAUCACAAAUCAUUGGCCCAGGAGAGGCCUCACAUUUUAAUCAGCUGGAUGUCUAUGGUGGCCUUGGAGGACAUUCCUGAGUUUGUCACACGGACUAACAUCGCCCCAAAUGGAUUGGAGCAGGUUGCGUGUGUCUUCCAGUGUUGUAGACGUGUUCACAAAAGCACUUGUCAGAUGGCAAGGCUCAGCUCUUCGUACAAAACAGCAGUCUUAUCUUUCCAGCUCUUACUAAAGGUUGCUGAAAUUCUGGACAUUCUGAUUAUGAAGACCUAUGAGAGUGAAGAAGGUACAAAGCAACAGACCAAGCUUAUUGAAGUACUGGAAGAUGCUCAACGGGACUUUGGUCAAUGGAGAGACAAUCUUCUUCAGAAGUUUCCAUUAAUGAAAAACAAAUCCCUUUCCUGUCCAAAAGAAAUGGAGCUGUGGGAUGCCUUGUUUGGGGUGGAGUGCUCAGUCAAAGGUGUGGCAGAUCAGUGGAGGAGCGGACUGGAGAGGGACCUGAAAAAAAGGAUCUCCCAGGUCCAGGACAAUGACAAGGUUGCUCUCUGCUGUCUGGAGUCAAUUGUCACAGCCAUGGAGAAAACACAUGUCACCAUUCAGUCCUGCUUUAAAGACUCGUGCUUAUCAGCAAUCAAGAACAUUUGUCAUAUUGGGAGAGAUGGAGAUCUUGUGAAGUAUCUCUUCACAUGCUCUAGUGCGCUCCCCUCCUCGAUCCUGUCCACCAUAAUAUUGGAGUCUUCAACACGUUUCACAAGAGAUCCAAUUAGCCAGCUUUUAGUUCCUCAGUCUGCCAUUUUCCAGCUGCUGUCCCAAGGCAACCAGACAUGGUCAUUGGAUGAGGAGGCUAGUGCAGUAAUACGGAGAUGCCGGGCUGCCUUCGCUGAUCUGGUUACAGGCUUAUAUCAGGGUGAUGUUCUCCUUGGUCAUCUGGAAAUCACCCUGAAACAUCGAGAUAACUUUAAAAAACUUUAUACUCAAGCUAGAAGAAUUCAAAAGGAUGAAGUAAUCUCUCUUGAUCCAGAGAAACUAUUGCUUCUUAGAGAGAGCGACCUUAAGGUCUUUUAUGUUCAGAAGACAAACAUGGAUGUUCUCAUCAAGAUGAUGGGGAAGGUCUCAGAGUUCAUUGUUGCACAAGAGAUGCCGGCCUUAGAACAGUGCCACAGAGCCGUUAAUCUGGAGAGCACUCGUCUGAAUCAGCUGGUGUCAGUUCAACCCUUCAGUCUUCAGAGACUUUGUGCACAAGAGGCAUCCCGAGUGGUAUUAUGGUACGGAUUAAAACCUGAGGUUUUACAGAUGGCCAGAGAAAUGUCUGAAGUGGGAGACAGCAGCCUCCUGUUGAGCUACUGGGAAGAGGAGGCAAAGUCAGUAACAUUAUGGGCUUCCAGCGACAGGCCAGUGACUUUCACCCUGUCAUAUGUCUGUGGUGAAGUCUGGGAGCCUUGUUUCAAUGGCCUCCGUCAGCUUGGUCAGAGGAUUGCAGACUCAUCUGUGACUUUUGAGGAGCUGGAUCGGACUCUGGAAAGGGCAGGAGACCAAGGCAACGGUGUCCAAAUCCAUAAGGAGCUUCUCUUCCUGGAGAGCAUGCUGGUUACCCACGAAGGUCUGCAGUCAGGAUGGGCUGAGCAGAGACUUCAGCAGAUACUGCAGUACCGGCAGAUCCAUGAUGCGUCAGAAUCUGCCUGCGUUAUUAUGGACAUCAGAGAUAGGUUGCAGUUGACAGGAGACUUUGAUAAAAUCUACGCUCUCACCCAACUGAGAGAAGAGUCUUUCCAACAGAAACCCCUGUCAUCACUGACCGAAGAGCUCAUUGGUGCUCAGCAGUCAUUGGCCCGAGUCACCUCCAAUCACACUUCCAGUCUAAAAGCACUUAGAGACAGCCAUGGUCUGGUGGAUUGGGUCCAAAACAAUCUCAAGAAACUGAGUGAUGUGAAGGUCUUUGUGGACUUGGCUUCAAUUUCUGCUGGCGAGAAUGACACUGAAAUCGACAGAGUUGCCAACUUCCAUGACGCUGUGAUGGGCUAUAGUCCACUCCUCUACUCCAUGCAGCCCACAUCAGGAUUUGAGGAAUUCAUGGGUUGUACGAAACAACUUUGGGACACCCUGGAAAGAGAUGAGAAACUUCCAGAAAAACUAGUAGACUCAAACCGUUGGCUUGACUGGUUGAAAGGGCUGAAAGAGACUCAUGGAUCAGUGGAACAGUCAUCCCUUUCUCUUGCAUCAGACAUCAAUGACCAUGGGGUGUACCAAGUGCAAAGAUUGCAGGAUCAAAAUGGCAAGACAAGCCUGAAUAACAUGCUUUUAAUGAGUGUUGAAAAGAAUAAUGGAAGCAAGACAUAUGGGUUGGAUGAAUUGCUGGAGCUACAGAACAAGCUCAUGUUAAUGUCAUCAAAAAGAGAUCAUGGAAAAGAGCACGUCAAUAGAUUCACUCAGGUAUUUGAAGGAGUUCAAAGACUGGCUGGUAUCCUUCUUCAACUCCAAUCUGCUGGAAACAUGCUUUUCCGGGACUGGGAAGCAAGAGUCCAUUGCAACCAAAAGAAGCAGCGCUGCAUUCAACUGCAUUUCUCUCUGCUACAGAAGGAUGUUGUCUAUCAAGGAGAGGUCACAGAAUGUCUGCAAGAACUUAGCCGCUCUAUGGAGUCGUGCUACAAAGACUGGUGUGCCUUUUUAUCUGAGAUACGGUCACAGUUUCCUACACUGAACCACUUUUCCUCAGAGCAACUGGUCUACUUGAGCGAAUCAAUUCACAGCAUCUGCACCAGGCGGGUGUCUGUGCCACAGAAGGUCUGGCAUCUCCUGGCCCCCAUUAAAUCAGGCUGUACACUGAGUGAUGUUAAGAAGGCUUUAGAGAAGGCAAAAGUUGUCGAAAGUGCCGAGCUUGCAGACGCAAACAUUGAGGAAACCAGUGAAGAGGGUAGUGUGGAUAGCAGUGUUGAUGGGUCAGAAGAUGAAUUGGAUUAUAGCCAUGAUGAAUCUGAGCAAGAGGAAUCGACAGAAGAAGCUGACUCUCACCACCCGUCAUUUCAACGUCAUGAUGAAAUAAUGGACCUGGACACUGUUGAGAGACUCGAAGAUGUUUGGCAGAGUUUCAAAGAAGACAUGUCGAGGUACCUAAGAGAACAAAUAGACCUCAGAACCCUGGCGAUUUUCCUCACUGAACUUUCUGAGAUGAAUGAGCAUCAUGUCAGGCGGAAACUUCCUCCCGGCUUUCAGGAAGGCAGGCCUAACCUUGUUCUUUGCCCAGCAACUGAGGUGCUUAGAACUGCACUGUCUGUUUACAUGGAAAGUCCAGACCAGACGCUUCCUUCCACUGAUGAGGUUCUCAUGUGUCAGGAAGACACCACAGAAGAGCAAGUUGAAAUAUUUCUGCGACGAUGUCUCACAAGAUGUGCUGUGAGGAAUUGCCAGAAGAUCUACAGUUUGAUAAAUCCAGACCUUCUGCCAUACGAUGUGAGUGUGGCGUUAGGCGAGCACUUUGAAGCCUUUGACAAAAAUGCAGGUCCUCACUAUCGUUUGGUGAUGGUCUGCCCUGUGACACACCAGGGUAGAUACGUUCCAUCCUUCUUCAGCAACUUCAAGGUUCAGGCAGGAUUAAGUGGCUCAGCUGAUAUGGCAAGAAGGUACCUCUCUCAUCACUUAAGAGUUCCUUCACAACUACACCAUCUCCAAGAUGUCUACCCAGACAACCUAUCAGUUUGGAUCAUAUCAUCUAAACGUCCUGCUGUUGGAAAAUCCCUCUACAUCACCCGUUUGUUUGAGAGAUUCAAGACUACAUUUCGUGGUGGUCAGUACAUAAGGAUCAGACUGAUAGAGCCACGAGUAAAUAUGAAUGCAUUCCUGAAGAUAUUGACAGAGAAAUUGAAUCAUCUGAGAGAGCAAGAUCCUGUUCUUUUGCACAUUGAUACUGCUGCAGUUCAGUUUGGAUUGGAGGAGUUCUUGUUUCAGUUCUUGAUUCUUGGAUGUUUGAGUGACAACCAAGGAAAUAUUUGGAGAAGAAAUGCAUUUCAUCUGUUGUCAGUUGAGGUUCUACAACCACACUCCUCGUUUCAUGGUCAAACAUCAACAAAAGAGACAGGGCUUCUUUGCACAUUGCCUACCAUCCACUGCAGACCACCAAAUGAAGUCAAACAACUGGAGUUGAAAAUCAGGAACAGUCAAAUGCAGAGAAACUUUGACCCUUUAAUGGAUGACCAAGAAUUUCGGAGUGAGGGGAUUCAAAGACCAUAUCAGUUUCUAAGGAAAUUCAACCGAAAUGACAACUUGGAUCGUUUUGCAUAUGUACAAGGGUCUGUAGAGGGAAACCGCAUUGACUGCCUUCAUCACCUGCUGGCCAACUGUGGUUUAAAAGACCCAUCCUGGGCCGAACUGAAGCAUUUCACUUGGUUUCUCAAUCUGCAGCUGAGAGACUGCGAGAGCUCUAUAUUCUGUGAUGCAGAUUUCCUUGCAGACCAAAUGCCUGGAUUUAAGUGCUUCAUUGUGAAGUUCAUGAUCCGGAUGUCCCAGGACUUUGCGUCACCAUCCAUGAACAUCUCUGACCAGAGUCCCUCCCUUAUCAGCAGUGGUGAUGGUGAAGAUAACCCUCUGGCUCACCUGACUAUGCGUAAACGUUGGGAGACAGAGCCUCACCCUUACAUUUUCUUCAAUGCUGAUCAUAUGUCUAUGACUUUCCUUGGAUUUAAUGUGAAGCCAAACCCCAGAAGCAACAUCCUCAAUGCGAUUGAUCCAGUCACCAGAAGUGUAUUGGUAGGCAAUGUGAUGUCACCAGAGCUGUUUGCAGGCAUAGAGAGACAGCACAUCUCUCUGCAAGAGGAUUUUGAGAACUUGCCUCGAGAAGUCAAAAUUCAAAGAAUUUCCAAUGUUGUGGGUGCAGAACUGGGUUCGGUUAAAGGCAGAUUCGAUCCAGACCCAACCUAUGAACUCACUGCUGAUAAUGUAAAGAAGAUGUUGGCCAUCCAUAUGAGGUUCCGCUGUGGAAUUCCAGUGAUCAUCAUGGGGGAGACAGGCUGUGGAAAGACAAGACUUGUUCGCUUCUUGUGCGAUCUUCAGAGAGAAGGCAAAAAUGUCCAAAAUAUGAAACUUGUCAAAGUUCAUGGAGGCACCACAGCAGAGACCAUCUAUAGAAAGGUACAAGAGGCUGAGGUAUUGGCAAUUGAAAAUCAAAGACAUCAUAAAUUAGACACUGUUCUGUUUUUUGACGAGGCCAACACAACCGAAGCCAUCUUUGCCAUCAAAGAAGUUCUCUGUGACAAGACAGUGCAAGGAGUCCCGUUGAGAGCUAACUCUGGUUUGAAGAUCAUAGCUGCUUGCAAUCCCUACAGGAGACACUCCGCAGAUAUGGUGGCACGUUUGGAGCGUGCAGGCUUGGGAUACAGAGUAAAGGCAGGGGAAACUGAGGACCGACUUGGCAAAGUUCCUUUGCGGCAGUUGGUUUACAGGGUUCACCCCUUACCUCCAAGCUUGAUACCCCUAGUAUGGGAUUUCGGGCAGUUGAGCAACUCAGCUGAGCAGUCUUAUAUUAAGCAAAUAGUUCGGAAGCAAUUCCAAGAUCACGAUUUGCCACUGAGUUGUCAGGGAUUUGUCGCUGAUGUGUUGGCAGCCUCUCAAAGCUAUAUGCGCAGUCGUGAAAAUGAGUGCAGUUUUGUCAGUUUGAGGGAUGUAGAGAGGUCAAUGAGAGUGCUAGUCUGGUUUUACCAGCAUAGGGACCAACUUUUUCCUGGAUAUCACCAAGGGAACGCUGCCAUGAUUACUCUGCGAUGCCUUGCCCUUGCAGUGGGAGUUUGCUAUUACCCAUCUUUAGAGUCAAAAGAGGAGUAUCUGACCACUGUCAGCCAACACUUUCCCAAUCCACUAAACACCCAGAAUGCCCUUGAGCAAGAAAUCCUCUCAUGUCAGGACUUGUUUCUGAGUGAGAUUCAGACAAGAGAAACAAUAGCCAAAAACAUAGCUCUGAAAGAGAAUGUCUUUCUCAUGGUGGUCUGCAUUGAAUUGAGAAUUCCACUUUUCCUUGUUGGCAAGCCAGGAAGUUCCAAAUCUCUUGCCAAGACUGUUGUUGCUGAUGCUAUGCAGGGACAGAACUCACACUGUGAGUUCUUUCAACAGCUCAAGGAGGUGCACAUGGUCUCCUUCCAGUGCAGUCCCCACUCAAGUCCUGAAGGGAUCAUUGGAACUUUCCGGAAUUGUGCUCGUUUCCAGAAGGAAAAGGAUAUGAAUAGGUAUGUCUCAGUGGUGGUUCUGGAUGAGAUUGGCCUGGCAGAAGACUCCCCACAGAUGCCCCUCAAGACUCUGCAUCCUCUUUUGGAGGACGGCUGCAUUGACAGUGAUGAAUCAGAUCCACACAUGAAGGUGGGAUUUGUUGGAAUCUCAAAUUGGGCCCUAGAUCCAGCGAAAAUGAACAGAGGGAUUUUUGUGUCUCGAUGGGACCCAAGUGAGACAGAACUGGUAGAAACAGCACAAGGGAUAUGCUCAUCCUCAAAGGCCAUUUUACUGAAAAUCAAGCAUCUCUUCCCACAGUUAGCAGAGGCAUUUUUGAAAAUUUGCAAUGAAACCCAGUUCUUUGGGCUCAGAGACUACUAUAGCCUGGUGAAAAUGGUUUAUGCUACGGUGAACAAAUCGGACAAGGAACCCAGUGAGAGCGAAUUGGCGGAGGCCAUCUUACGGAACUUCAGUGGGAAGUGUGAUGAUUUUGAUCCCCUCUCAUAUUUUCAGAAUGUCUUCCAAAAUCUCAAAGAAAUUCCACGGCCUUCAACUUUAACUAUGGUUGAAAAGAAUCUUGACUUUAACAACAACGAAUGCCGAUAUCUUCUUUUGCUCACAACCAACAAUGCUGCACUUCACAUUCUGGAACAGAAAAUCUUUUCCAAAAGCAAGUAUCCCCCUCCAGAAAUUGUCUUUGGAUCAGGAUUCCCAAAAGACCAAGAGUACUCUCAAAUCUGCCGCAAUGUCAAUCGAGUGAAGACAUGCAUGGAGACUGGCCGCACAGUCAUUCUCCUGAACCUCCAGAAUCUCUAUGAGAGUCUGUAUGAUGCGUUGAAUCAGUACUAUGUGUACCUAAGUGGACAGCAGUAUGUUGACCUGGGACUUGGAUCACACCGAGUCAAAUGCCGAGUUCACAAGGCUUUCAGACUUGUUGUGGUGGAGGACCAGGAGAAGGUGUACAACCAGUUCCCAGUGCCUCUUAUUAACAGACUGGAGAAACACAGGGUGAACAGGAGCACUGAUCUCACACCUUGGCAGCUCCGGGUCCUAGGAAAGCUGAAGGAAUGGGUUGAGGAAUUUUGCCAUCACUCAGAGGAAUUCAAGCCAUCUGAGGUCUUUGUGGGUUUCCAUAGUGACGCAUGUGCCAGUGCCCUCUUGCAGGCACUGGAGAAAAGAGACAAGUUGAGAAGUGAAAUGGCUCAAAAUGGUGAAGUUGUCAAAGACGAGUCAAUCAUUGAGGAGCAGACAGCAUCUGAGACACAGAGAGAAAGAAUGGGAAUUUUGGAAGCUGUUGGCGAUCAUGCGCAGGAGGUCCUUGACUGCAUUGGUCAGUCAGAUGCAGAGAUAAACUCAGGAAUGGCUGUGGAUGAAGAAUCAUCUGGAAUGGAUGAUGCUGUGCAAAUGGACCAAGAUACGGUUGAGGAAGACUGUUCUGAAAUGACAGAUGACAAAAAAGAGGAGGAGGUGUUUGACAUUGCCAAGACAUUCCUGUUAAACUGUUCUACACCUGACGCAGUGCUGAGGCUAAAGGAUUCACGCUUGGGGAAUCAGGAGAGGGAGGAACUUCAGCAAAUGUACUUUCAAAGACAGCACCAUUGUUCAUUGAGAGAUUUCAUUAACAACCAUCUGAACCAGCCUGAAAAUCACUGCAGAUUUAUAGAGAUAACUACAUUCUCCAGUUUGCUCACAAAAGCUGAUGUGCGCACAAUAGCCAAGGCUCUGGGAUUAACCACUGAAAGACUACUACUACUUUCCCUACAUCAAUUUGACACAGAGGCUUCUUUCUGCAGCAAAAUCCGGCUCUUUCUCCGCAAUGCUGGUCAAUCCCUCCACAUCUUACUAGUUCAGAUGGACACGGAAGAAUCCAAGUGCAGUGAGGAACUUAUAGCAUCGGCAAAGUAUUCCACUAUGAAUGAACUGAUGGCCAUGGGAUCAGAGGAGGCCUGUUGUUCUGUGGUCUUCAUCACUAAACUCUCUAGAAUGACAGGCGGACCUCAAUACAUUGGUUUUCAAGGGGGUGUGUGGCUCUCCGUGCACAUUGAUGAUCUCAGAGAUACGGAAGACAUGAGUUUAGACCUUUCUGCAUUCUGUGGCACCUCUAUGAGUGAGCUGAUGUCUCUGCCUAGUCCAGAUAUAGAUGCCAUGAACGCGGAAGAUAGUUCUGUUGCUUCAGUGGGGAUCAGACAUGGAAAAUGUGUACAUCUGGAUAAUUUAUCCCUUGUGAGAUCCUGUAUUCAGAAGGCAGUGUCAUUGCUGAAAGAUUCCCAAAACUCCAGGAGUAUGGAACGCAUACGUAUAGUUAUAGGCUUUCUUGAGGGAUUCCAUGGAAAAUCCAGUGCGGCACGUUUUCAGAAGGUAUUGCUGAGGAGACUUGUAGACGCCUUGGCGCAAAAGGAAGAGCUCAUGCCUAACCCAAAGGAUUGGGUGAACAAGGAGGCUGGGAAGCGACAAGCUUUGCAAGAGAGUGGCACUCUUAGGCAUACCCUUUGGCGAUGUUUGCUGUCAACACUUACGCCAUUUUUGGCACAUAUCCUCGAGGUUCUUGACAGAGACGCAAACCUGGACCUUGCUUACUCUGAUGGCCUAAGUGAAGAGCUAAUCGAUUUUUGGUUGGACAUUUUUGAUGACAAGCAAAUAUUGGACCUAACCUUUUUACUGACAUCAAGAGGAGAAGAGGAGAUUAAAGUGCAGGCUAAUCUGAUGUUGGGCGGUCGAGAGCAGCCCUGCAGAGCUCCCUUCAGCUGGCUCAUCAGAUCCUACUGUCAGGCCCUGUGGGAGGAGUCCCAGUUUGUUCCUGGUGAUCAGCAGCAUGGUAACCAAAGGAUUCGACAGUUCGUCGCUUCAGCGUCCAGCAGCAAGCUGGGUGGAUACCUGGGGAAGCUCUCAGAGCAAGGUCAGCAGCAAUUUGGCCGGCGCUAUUUGCGCGACUUUGUGCUGUUGUCUUACAAAGUACAGUCGGAGGAAGAAUUUGGGGUUCUCUGCAAAGCAGUGCUGGGCUGCGUCUGUGCUCUGCAGCAAUCCAUGUCCGUCGCGUCCGAACUCUCUCCUGCCUGGAUCCUUGCUGCAAGUAGACAUUACUCGUCCCGAUUGGACACUCUGUCUCAUAUCCUGCAGCUGCAGCCCCAUCUAGCUGCUAAGAUCCUAGAUAAGGAUUCACAACGGGAGGCUACUGAAAUGAAAGAAGACAUUUGGGCACUAGGAAUGUGUGUGGAAGAGACAAAGCUUCAAACAGUGAUCUCUGUGGAAGAGAGCAAGGCCUUCCUACAGAGAGUGCAGGUUUUGAAACCUUGUGUGGAGAGAGCCUUUGGGCAAAACUACAGCGCCCUCUGUAGUCCUGGCUGCCUCCAACACUUGAAUGCUAUUCGGACGGUGUGGCGUGGAAUGCUUGUCGUAUCUGCCUUCAUUGAGCAGGUGGUCCUGGAAGUCAACAAAAAGGAAGUCAGAGUGGAGGCCCUGACACUAAAACACUGCAGUCUUAUACAUAAGUUGAUGGAGGAGGCGACCGAUCUACAGAGCAAAGACACUCUGCAUCAGCUUAUUCGUAUUCUCAACUCCUACCAUACUGAGUUCAUCAGCAGAGACUUACGGUUCGGGUUGAUAUGUCGAGUGUGCCUGGAGUCUCUCACAGAGCCAUGUGUUCUGCCCUGUGAGCACAUCCUCUGCCUGCGGUGCCUCCAACAAAUCUUUCAGGGGGCAAAGCACUGCCCCGUGUGCAGGACGGAGUUACCAGCAGACCUUCGGCCAACUGUCUCUUCGAGUGUCAAGAGAUCACUGGAGCAACACCACCACAUGAGGCGGUGCUGUGACUCCUUCUUCCUGGAGGUGGUGUCUCGCUUCUGCCUGUGUGAGGGGGAGAGCCCCAAGGAGGAGGUGGUGGAGCUUCUCUUCUCACUCCUCAUCUCUGCACAAGGCGGUGUGUACAAGACAAGAGAGCUUACCCCUUUCCUGGAGUGUGUUGACCAGAGCCCUGUCGUUCGCUCUGUACUCCCCAAACUUCUUCUGCAACACAGCUUCCAGCAGGUGAAGGGCCAUAUCCAGAACUACCUGCAGAACCUAGCGGAGAACCUGAUGACCAAAGAGGACCGCACUGAGCUCUACCUGCUCUUUGUCAACUGUUUCCAAGAUGCCCUGCGCUGCUCAGUUGGGGCAGUAGAAGACAGGGACGCAGAGAGGAGGACUCGGCAGGAGGACGUGGCCUUCCUUAGCCGCCUGGCUCGUGGACAGAUACCCACCAGGCAGCAGGACCCAGCGGAAUUUCUCCUCUCCUUGGCCCAACUCCGUCUCUGCCUCGCCACUGCUGCCGGUCUACUGCAGAGGGCUUUGGGGCAACCACAGGGUGAGCUUGGGGAGAUGGAGCAGAAGUACCUGGAGCAGGUGAAGGCGGUGUUGGAGUAUCGUGGGAACGACUGGUACCGCGUGUACCUGCUGCGGGUUCUCAACAGACUGGCUGGCAUGGACGGGGUGCUGGCCCUCAUGAACAGCCCACCUUUGGCCUGGGCCUUCCCUCCGGACGUCAUAAGACUGCAGAGACUAAUUCCAGCAGAUGUGGAUAGGUACUUGUGCACCGGCCAGUCUUAUCGGACACUCAGAGAUGGGGUUGGACAGGCACUGAUGGAGACUAGAACAGAUGCCCUGAAACCUGUCCUCCAGGAUACCGGUGGGUCCAGUGCAGCUGGCCUGGUCCCCCUCUCACUGGCCGUAUUCAGACAGGUCACCUGUCGCCUGGUGUCCCCAGACUCUAAGCUCCGUCCAAGACCACAGGAGAUUAAUGCCUUAGAGGACUUCCUAAAAGCUAAUGUACAUGGUGACCUGAGAAACUUCUGCGUUGCUUUGUUAUCCAAUCGGAUCGGAGGACCGGGCUCUCCCCUGCAGUUGAACCGUAACAUGUCUGCUCACCGGCGCACUCUGCUGGAGCUGCUGGUCCACGCAGGCAGCGUUCUCCACAGUGGGAACCGGCUGCUCUCUCAACUCCAGCGCAUUGCUUCACAACCACAGAACAUGACAGGAGCGUUUUUGCCAACCAUGCCAGAUGAUAACAGCAGUCAAGCACAUCAGUGGAUGGCGACUGGGAGUGAACGCAACCUGAAGGCAUACACAUGUGCCAAUGGCCAUCUCUGCUAUGUCGGAGAGUGUGGGAAGCCUGUGGCUUUGUCCAAAUGUCCAUGUGGCGUUCCGAUUGGUGGCGUGAGCCACAAUCCUGUGGAAGGAUUCACCCUUGCGAAUGGAGGAGUGAUAGAUCAAACACGACCCGGGCACGUCCUGGGAGAGGCCAGGAUGAGGUCCGAGGCCCCCGAACGGCAGACGUCUCCGGUCCAGUCGUGCCUGCUCAGGCUUCUCACCCAUCUGGCCAUGCUGUUGGGAGCAGCUCACAAUCAGCAGGGAGUUCGCGCAAUGAUACAACACCGAGUCCACGAUGUCAUCGAGUUUCUUUACAAUCACCUGGAGAAGGACAUGGAGGUUCUGGGACGCUCUCUGAACCUGAACAUGGAUGACACUGCCAUCAUCGUGCACCUGAUUCUAAGUGACUCAGUCAGAGAUUCUUACCAGCAGAGGGGAGACUUGGCUUCCAGACAGGGUCGUGAACGAUGGGAGAAAACAGUUUGUGACUCUGUCAUCAAUCCUACAAUUCAGGAUCUGAACAGGAGGCUGACGCAAGCUCAGGAGGCGGUCAGUGCGGAUGACGGAUUGGACCGCAGCCCCCUCAUUAGGCUGCUCCACUUCGACCCCUGGCCCAUGCUGCCCCUGCCCUCCGACUGCCCCACACACCAGUCCUCCUUCUGGAACGUUCCGGAGAACCUGAGCGUGGAGCGCCUCACACAGCUGGUGGAACAGAGCCGUAAGCGAGACUCGGUUCCGCUGCUCUCCCUCUUCCUCAAGAAGGUGCCGUGUGUGAGGCAGCUGGGGCAUCUGCUGGAGCUGGCGGCGCUACAGGUGGACCUGCUGCGGGUCUUCCCCACGGAGACAGACCUGUCCUCCAGGACCAUCACCGAGGUGCUGCAGCAGAUCCGCAAAGGUAAUCAGAAGACACUGCUGCUGGCCCGAGUGGAGACGUUUAUAAAAGUGUGGAACUCUCUCAGGAUGGAGCUGGCAAGGGACUCUGAGAGAGGUGUGCCGCAGGAUCUGUGUAGAAAGGCCCUGUCUAUGGAGAGCUCGGGGGCGUACCUGUCUCCCAGUCGCCAUGGGCCCGGCUCCUGCCUCCGCGUGCUCAUCGACUUCCUGUCCGACACCCACAACCGUCUGGUCAGAGAGACGCGGACACUGAAUCAGGAUAACAGUGAUUACAGCAUCACUGUGGAGGGGCUGUCAGAGACACAGCUUGCCCUGUGUCAUCCAGAGCGCGAGCUGCUGCCCCUAGUGUUGGCACACUGUCAUUACACCUUGGUGACAGGCAGACAGACGGACAAGAGCUACAACCUGCUGGGUAUUCAGAGGGAACUCUGUCGCAGGUUCCUAGCAGGAAAACCUCUCAUCCAAGUAGACACCUCAAAGUACCUUAACCGCCAUCAGCAAGAUUUCUCUGUUAUCUUGGCUGAUGUCAGCAGUAAAAUACCCCAGGAACCUCUGAAGGGCUCUGUGCUUGGAGACAUGAAGGUCGUGCUAAAGUCUUUCACUGACGUGUGCGAUGCUGUGUUCGCUGUGGAGAUCGGUCUGCGUUUCCUGGGGAAGACGGGUGGAGGUGGAGAACCUAUGCUGGUUCCCUACCUCAGGGACUCACUCAGGAUGGGUCAGCAGAUAUCCAGCAGCAUGGUCAAGGCGCUGGGGGAGAACAGCCUACAGCACUGUGUGGCCACCUGGCAAUUCCUUACCUGCUGGAAAUCAGAGCUGAUGCUCAGGAGAGGACAGGAUCCUUUCCAAAGCCUUUCUGGGCAGUUUCAGGAAAAACUCUUAGAGGAAGAGAGGACUGGAUUGAGGAGGUUCCUUGGCCUGACUGACGUUGACCUCUUCACUCGAGAGCUCCACGAGAUAAUUCUCCUGAAGACCAACCCUAAGAAUGAGGGUUCUUACUCACCACACUGGGACAUCAGAUCCACCCUGGAGAACCACUUGGACCAGAAGGGCAUGUCCCCCCCACCUGAACUCGAUGAUCUGCCAGAGGAGUUGACUAUGGCCAAAGCAGCUGAGAUCUGGAAAUUUACCGUGGCCUUCAAAACAUGACCAUCUCUGGUCUGACUGUUUAACUGAUCUAAAUUAGUUUUUUUUAUUAUUGUUGUUUUUACAAAUUUGUGUACUGAUUGUGUUUUGAGCAGCAGAUCCUUUGUUGUUCCUUUCCCAGCUGUUCCUGGCAUCACCUAUGUGCCACAUUCUCUGAAUUUACACUGAUUUUAUCUCCCUCAACAAUGGAAUUCUCUUCUCUGAUUGGCUGAUGGGGUGGCCAUUAACUUCGUAUAACCUGCUACCCUUGAAGUAGUUCCCGUAUCACACUUGAAUAUUAAUUCGCCAAACUCGUUGCGAAGUUUAAAUGAACUGUCAUGUUACAUCCAAGCUGAAAUACCGACGUGCAGAACCAUAGUAACAUUGUAGCAUAUGACGGAGGUGGAUUGUACAGUAGCUAGUUGGAUGCCAUGUACGUAGGCUAUAAAAGUAGCGAUUUUUCAAAGUUAAAGUUAAUCAGAAUCCUGGGAUAUGCCCGCUUGACAACGGGAGAGAUAGAACUAACGACUGGCUUUUGGCCGUAGCAACCAGCCAUUUAGAACUAACGACUGGCUUUUGGCCAUAGCAACCAUCCAUUUAGAACUAGUAACGGCAGUUUUGUCCUGCAAGUAGAAAGUUGAUAUGUGGCGGAAAGUAGUCCCACAGUCAAGACAGUUUUAGCGAUGUUAACGGACGCAACGGUGGAAUAAAACUAUGUUCUAAAUAUACAGGUUAUGAAUACAAACGGGAGAUAAGCGGGAUAACGGCCUUCGAGGUCGACCGGUUCGAUGGAAAUAAUGGCACGGCGGAGGUAACUCCGUCUCCGUGCUUCGCACGUCGCCGGAGUUCUAGACCUCCACCUAGCCAUUAUUUCCAUCGAACCGGUCACCUCGUCGGCCGUUAUCCCUUACAUAUUGCACGUGCAUUAACCGUAGGCCUACCUGUAACGAUCACAUGGAGGGAUGGACAAUUUUUCUCCUUGCGCUGGUCUCUUUUUAAUCUUUUGAAUGUGUGGUUUAUCUACCUGAUAUAUGGGAUUUCAAGACCAUGAAUUUUGUAAAUACAAAUUCUUUGCACUUUUGGGAUAUACAUAGUAAUGUAUAACAACAACAUAUAGGUGUAACUUAAAAUUAUUCCUUUGCACAGACUCUAUGGCAUACUGUGAAUGAGCUUUAAUAUGUUUAUCUUUGAUAAUAUAUGACCAACUUGAUAGUAAUAGGUGAUAGUGCCUUAUUUCUUUUUGGAAAUUCUUCCAAAUCAUUCUUUAAAAGUAACAGUGCACAUUCCUUUUUCAUGUAGUCCAGGGCAAUUUGAAGGUGUUUGUGUAAAUAAAAACAUAUCAGUCUUA